UGCUGCGGUCGUUCUGCGCAGAAACCCCGUAGUGCCGCCCAGAAACAGCAGCGCCAUUCGGUAACUGCACCAGUAUCCAAAAUGGCAGGAGCUGAUGGAGACGACUCUCUUUACCCUAUCGCUGUCCUCAUUGACGAGCUGCGAAAUGAAGACGUCCAGUUACGACUGAACAGCAUCAAGAAGCUGUCUACUAUUGCUCUGGCUCUUGGCGUAGAGAGGACUCGCACUGAACUGCUUCCUUUCCUUACAGACACCAUCUAUGAUGAAGAUGAAGUGCUUUUGGCAUUGGCAGAACAGCUUGGCAAUUUCACUAUGUUGGUGGGAGGACCGGAGUAUGUCCACUGUCUUCUGCCUCCUUUGGAAAGCCUUGCUACAGUUGAAGAGACAGUAGUCCGAGACAAAGCUGUAGAAUCCCUGCGUAAGAUCUCACAGGAGCACUCUCCAGUUGACCUGGAAGUUCAUUUUGAGCCUCUGGUGAAACGGCUGGCCAGUGGUGACUGGUUCACCUCUCGCACAUCAGCUUGCGGCCUGUUUAGUGUGUGUUAUCCACGUGUCUCCAGCACGGUCAAGGCUGAAAUCCGGCAGCAUUUUCGCACCUUGUGCUCUGAUGACACUCCCAUGGUGCGUCGUGCUGCUGCAUCUAAACUGGGGGAAUUUGCAAAAGUUCUGGAGUUGGAAUAUGUAAAAACUGACAUUAUUCCUCUUUUCACUGCUCUGGCAUCAGAUGAGCAGGACUCUGUUCGGCUGCUUGCAGUGGAGGCGUGUGUCAGUAUUGCAACUCUCCUGCCUCAGGAGGACCUAGAAACAUUGGUGAUGCCAACCUUGCGUCAAGCUGCUGAAGAUAAGUCCUGGAGGGUUCGUUACAUGGUGGCGGACAAGUUCUCAGAGCUGCAAAAGGCUGUUGGUCCAGAGAUCACAAAGAAUGACCUGGUUCCAGCUUUCCAAAAUCUGCUCAAGGAUUGUGAGGCCGAGGUCCGCGCUGCUGCUGCCAACAAAGUCAAAGAGUUUUGUGAGAAUCUUCCAGAGGAUAAUCGUGAGCAGAUCAUAAUGAGUCACAUCCUGCCCUGCGUAAAGGAAUUGGUUUCCGACACCAACCAGCAUGUGAAGUCAGCCCUGGCCUCUGUCAUUAUGGGUCUCUCCACCAUCCUGGGCAAGGACAACACAAUAGAGCACUUACUGCCUCUCUUCCUGACUCAGCUUAAGGACGAGUGCCCAGAGGUACGUCUCAACAUUAUCUCCAACCUGGACUGUGUGAACGAGGUGAUCGGCAUACGUCAGCUGUCCCAGUCACUGCUGCCUGCUAUCGUAGAGCUGGCUGAAGAUGCAAAGUGGAGGGUCCGCCUGGCCAUCAUUGAGUACAUGCCUUUGUUGGCAGGACAGCUGGGGGUCGAGUUCUUUGAUGAGAAGCUAAACACCCUUUGUAUGGCCUGGCUCAUUGAUCAUGUGUACGCCAUCCGUGAAGCAGCCACCAGUAACCUCACUAAGCUGGUAGAGAAGUUUGGAGCUGAGUGGGCCCAGAACACGAUUGUCCCCAAAGUGCUGGGAAUGGCCAACGAUCCCAAUUACCUGCACAGGAUGACCACGCUAUUCUGCAUUAAUGCUUUGUCAGAGGCUUGCGGCCAGGAGAUUACCACCAAGCAGAUGCUCCCAGUGGUCCUGAAGAUGUCCAAUGACCAGGUGGCUAAUGUCCGCUUUAACGUGGCUAAGUCUCUUCAGAAGAUCGGCCCAGUCCUGGACAGCAGCGCUCUGCAGACGGAAGUGAAGCCAGUGCUGGAGAAGCUGGCCACUGACUCCGACAUGGACGUUAAAUACUUUGCCCAGGAGGCUAUUAGUGUUUUGGCACUAGCAUAACCAACCCACCACGGCUAAUCCCCCUGAAACAGAAAUACAUACAGGUU